UUUUAGGUACUCUAAUUUCGUCGCGUAAGACAUUGAAAAUAGAAGAGUUGAGUUGAACGAGCAGAGUUUGAAAUGAAUUUAAAACAGUGUCCAAAAAGGCACAAAUGGGCUUUAGACUUCACAUCAAAGUGCAAACAAGAUGGAGGUAGACAAUUAUCCACAAUAACACUCCCUGACCCACCAGGCUACAGUAACAACACAGCCAGUGACCACAGUCCGAGAGAAAACAAACCAGAUUUAAUAGAAAAAAAAUCUUGGGAUAUAGCUUUAGGUCCUUUAAAGCAAGUUCCAAUGAAUUUGUUCAUAAUGUGGAUGGCUGGUAAUUCAAUAUCUAUUUUUCCAAUUAUGAUGGUUGGCAUGAUGUUCAUUAGACCAGUUCAAGCUCUUCUCGCAUUUCAGCAAACGUUUAAAAUGAUAGAGGGCAAAAGUUCGGCUUUGCAGAAAAUUGUUUACAUUUUCGGGAAUAUCGUCAGUGUGGGCCUGGCUGUUUACAAGUGCCACGUGAUGGGGUUGCUACCGUUGCAUGCCUCUGACUGGCUUGCGUUUGUGGAGCCUCAAAAGCAACUGGAGUGGUCAGCUGGCGGUUUAAAGAUGUAUUAAAGUUUUAUACUCUUUUACGCAUUUUUUUAUGUAUUAAUAAUAGAGAAUGUUUUGUUAAUUGCAUGGAAUAAACUUUUGAAACAAUUUUACUCUGUGGGAAUGCUAAAAGUUAAUUAAUGAAUCUUAGUUCUUUUCAGUUAUCUUUUUUCCGUUCGUCUUAAUUUUGUUUUAAAAUAUUUGAAUGCUUUCAUCGGUUAAAUUGUUCACUACUAAUUCCUCAAAUAAUAAUAGACCUAA